AUGAGUGUUCCUCUGCAUUCAUCUCCUCCCAAUGAGAGGACAAGUUACGUGAUUGAUCAGCUCGAAGGAGAGCGCAUCAGCAUUCCCGGCAGCAAGGGCGUAUUCAGAAUCUUAGCCUCAUCCAAGCAAACCAAUGGCGGCAUGGCUGUUUUCACCAGUGGGGCAGUCUUGGCCGACGCUCCAGGAUUUCAUUGGCACGAGGAAGCUCACGAUGUCUUUCUUGUCACAAAGGGCUUCUUGAAGUUAUGGUCUGGUGACAAGUGUCGAAUUAUGGGUCCUGGUGACUUUGCCUACAUUCCUCCUAAUGUGAUUCAUAACCCUCUCUUGCUUGGGCCCCAUACCGAGACUGUAGGCUUGGUGGCCCCUGGAGACUGGGUUGACUUCUUCAGAUAUGUUGGAGAGAUAUACAACGGUCUCAUCGUUCCUGAGAAUGACGAUCGCGACAUCAAGUCUAUGUUGAUACAAAAGAUGAUGGCGGCUAAGGACCGGUUUGACGUUCACUUCAAGCGUGACUACCAGCCGCCAGAGGUCGGAGACUGGCUGGAUUCCGAGAGUCAGCUUGCUGGACCUGGAGAAGCAUACUUCCUGCGCGCGAAUACAGGACCACGAUGGUUGCUCGGUGGCGUCAUGUCGCGACCCUUUAUCCUCUCAUCACAGUCUAGCGGCAAGUUCUCAAUCUCCAGCAUUGAGUCAUCGAGUGUGUACGGAAAAUCACCUCUAAGUCGGUGGUUGACAUUCGCGUCCAUUGAUCACUGCUUCAUCGUUCAAGAAGGCUUGCUCAAGGUCAAGAUCAAGUCAGGAAACAGCAGUUCAUGGAAUGAAGUCCGGGAGGGCCAGACGGUCGUUAUCGCUGCUGGUGAAACCUUCACUCUAGAGUUUGGCAGUCGAUACGUCAGAGUCUGGUCUUUUGCAAAUGGACGGGGAAUUGAGGAAGUGGUACAGAACGCUGGAUCGCCAGCUACAGGGGUUGUGUUACCUGAAGCUGCUAGAGAGUGGCAAGAGUACAAGCUUUUGGAAGUUUGCAAAGAACUCAACGUCGAGUUUGCAGAGUUGUAA